AACUUCUCUAAUAAGCACCAUGUCUCCUACAGAGAACUACAAGCUCUUCACACCGCUUCAGAUGGGCAACGACUUUGUGAUCAAGAAUCGCGUCGUGUUUGGUCCCGCCACUCGUGCCCGCAUCAACCCGGUCAGCCAUGCACCUAACGAGAUGAACGCUAUCUACUACGAGCAGCGCGCUGGAGCUGGGCUUAUCAUUUCGGAAGGGUGUGCCAUCUCUGAGCAGGGAUUCGGCUGGUACGGAUCACCUGGGCUCUUCACCGAGGAGCAGGCCGCAGGGUGGAAGGAGGUAGUUGAUCGAAUCCAUCAGAAAGGAGGCAAAAUCUUCGUGCAGCUGUGGCACAUGGGGCGGCAGUCACACCCUUCGUUUCACAGCAACAAUGAAGUGGUGUCGUCCUCUGCCACGGUACUUGAAGGAGGCAGAACGCGCAACGCCAACGGUGAAAGCACGGGCUUCGAGCGAGCUCGUGCCUUGAACCUCAACGAGAUCCCCGGUGUAGUGGAACAGUACCGCAAAUGCGCCGAGCUCGCCAAAAAGGUGGGCUUCGACGGUGCCGAGGUGCAUGCGGGUAGUGGCUACCUGAUCGACCAGUUCCUGCAGUCUUGCACUAACACGCGUACAGACCAGUACGGUGGCUCGUUCGAGAACCGCUAUCGACUUCUUCAUGAAAUUGUGGAGGCUGUGAAGACGGUGUAUCUGCCAGACCACAUUGGUGUGCGAGUCUCUCCGUCGAGCAAGUAUGGCGGCAUGGGCAGUGUUGACAACCCGGAGAUGUUCACGUACGUCUUCCAACGCUUGUCUGAGCAUAAGCUGGGAUAUUUAGCUAUCUUAGAUGGCUUUGGCUUCGGCUACUCAGACAAUAGCCGCGUGAUGACUGUACUCGACGCCAAAAUGCACUUUAAGGGAUUUGUCAUGGCCAACUGCAGCUAUACUCGUGACACCGCGGAGGGCGCGAUUCGCAGCGGGGCGGCUGAUCUGGUGAGCUUUGUGCGCGGAUUCAUGUCGAAUCCGGAUCUGGUGGAAAGGUUUCAGAAUGAAUGGCCGCUCAACGAUGAGCUCGCCUACGAGUUUUACUGGGACCCAUCGAAGGGCAAGGAGGGCUACAUCACUCCUCCGCAAUACAAACGCCCCUGCCCGCUGAAGAAGCUGAUGCCAAGCUUUUAAAGACGAGCGAACAAUAGUUGAUACAUGCGCAUUGACUAGUUGCACACCACAAUUGCCCACACCCUAAUCUGAACCAGUUCAUAUGACUCGUGAUGUUGCGAAA